UAUUUUAUUUUUUGUUUUGUAUUGCUGCAUCAAUAAAAUUGUUAGCAAACAUUUUUUUGUGUGUAAAAAGUCGAUUUCAAAUGUAAUUCGAUUAAUUUGUAAAUUUAAGUGUGAUGUUUUUGACUUGAGGAAUUUAUAAUAUCUACAAAAUCCGUAGAAAUCAGCUGAAGAAUGGCAUCUCUUAAAGUAGCAGUUCGUGUUCGACCAUUCAACAACAGGGAACAUGAAAUGAAUGCGAAGCUUAUUGUUCAAAUGGACGGGAAAAAGACACGAUUAAUUAAACCAGAAAAUCCAGCCCUUGAUAUGUCCAAUAUCAAUGCAAAUGCCAAUCGUGAUCAUUUCCAUGAUUUCACUUUCGAUUUUUCGUAUUGGUCAUUUCGUGAUCAUAUCACAGAUGAUCACAAUAAAUCACAGCAUAUUGUAUCGCAAGACGAGGUGUACAAUGAUCUUGGCAUUGAUGUUAUUAAUUGCGCAUUUCAAGGGUACAAUGCUUGUGUAUUUGCGUACGGCCAAACCGGCAGUGGAAAAACCUUUACAAUGAUGGGUCAUGACGAAGAAGCUGGUUUGAUACCACGUAUAUGCAAAGAGAUGUUCAAUCGCAUGAAAGUGGGACAAAAAUCGGGCACUGGCUAUAAAACAAAUGUCAGCUAUUUGGAAAUUUAUAAUGAACGUGUUAAAGAUCUGUUGGGACCAACAAAUGGAAAUAAUACACUGCGUGUUCGUGAACAUCGUCAAUUGGGCCCAUAUGUUGAAGGGCUAUCACAGCAUCCGGUAUCUGAUUACAUGGAAAUUCAAGACUGUAUCGAUCGAGGUAAUAUGUAUCGAACAACGGCCAGCACCAAAAUGAAUGACACGAGCAGUAGAUCACAUGCAAUUUUCACUAUUACAUUCGUGCAAGCAAUUUUCAUGAAUAAUACACCAUCGGAAACCGUUUCAAAGAUCCAUUUAGUUGAUUUGGCUGGUAGUGAGAGAGCGAAUUCAACAGAAGCAACCGGUGAUCGAUUGAAAGAGGGCGCCCAUAUUAACAAAUCACUUGUUAGUCUUGGAAGUGUCAUUUCAAGCUUAGCACUGUUGGCAGAGCAAACGCAAAGCUCCAAAAAGAAAAUAUUCAUACCUUAUCGAGAUUCGGUCUUAACCUGGUUACUGAAGGAUAGUCUUGGAGGCAAUAGCAAAACGAUAAUGAUUGCUGCUAUUUCACCAGCUGAUGUAAAUUACAAUGAAACAUUAAGCACAUUACGUUAUGCAAAUCGAGCUAAGAAUAUUAUAAAUAAACCAACGAUCAAUGAAGAUCCAAAUGUAAAACUCAUUCGAGAGCUACGUGAAGAAAUUUUCAAAUUGAAAGGAAUGCUUUUGACAACGGAUAUUUCAUGUGAGUCACAUAACAAGUCAUCGCAAAUGUUAGAAGAUUUACUGAAGAAAGAGGCGCAGGAAAAAUUUUUGACAGAAGAAUGGGCAGAGAAAUUUAACUUUUUCUCAAUUUUACGCGAAGAAAAAACGUUGGGUCUUCGCAAAUCGGGAUAUGGUGUUGUUCUUGAUUCGGAUGCACCACAUCUAAUUGGAAUCCAUGACGGUAACACAACUGGUGUUACGUUAUAUAGCUUGAAAGAGGGCGAAACCAUUAUCGGCAACGAAGAACAGACAGAUGAUUCAAAUGAUGAACGUAAAGUUGACAUCGCUCUGCCGGGCACCCAACCAUUACAUUGCUCAAUAGUAUUAACCGAUUGCACGGCGACUAUUUAUCCAUAUGAAGGAUCAGAAUGCUGGUUAAAUGCAAACUUGAUAAAUACACCGCAUCCCAUAAGUCAAGGUGAUAUUUUAUUAUUUGGUCGAACAAAUAUGUUUCGAUAUUGUAAUCCAGCUGAAGCAGCCAAACGAUCACAAAGUGGAGAAACAAAUAAUCGAUCGAAAGAUUUGUCACGAUUAUCAUUUAUAGCCGCCUCACGCGAAAAUCUCAGUGAAAGUUCACAAAGUAUUACAGGAAAUAUUGAAGAAACGCCAGAAAAUCAAGAAUCUCUAGAUCCAGUUGUUCUGGAAACUUCAACUGAUUUAAUCAGAAAGCAACGAUUCGAUGAUAUUCAAGAAGAACAUCGGAAGAUUUUGGAAACCAUCGAAAAUGCACUUCACAAAUUGAACUCGGAACGAAAUCAAAUAUACCAACAGUACAGCUUAAAAGUACAACAUUUAUCACAAAAAUUAUUUGAUUUGGAAGAAAGCAAUGCUGAUCAUGAUCAAAUCCUAAAUUGUCGCGGAAGUCUUUUGACCGCAAAACGAGAGAUGUUAUUAUGGAGUAAAAUGAAUAAAAAAACUCAAAUUGAUAUUGCUGUGAAACAAAUAUCAACAUUGCAGUUACAAUUAGAUUCGAAAAAGGCCGACUCACACACAAUGAACGAUCACAAAGACGUUGAUCAGCUGAAAGUUGAAUUAUUGGAAAAAGAAGACGCCUUAAAAGAAAACAUAAAACAGAUUGCAGAAUUGGAUGAAACAAUUUUAAUAAUAAGUGAACAGCAAAAUGAACUUCUGAGAAAAAUGAAAAAAAUUACAAAACCGGAAAAGAAUCGGACAGAUAUUCUGAAUCGAAUUAAAAAUUACAAAAGUGCAUCCAUAGAGUCAUCUGACGUCGAGAAACCAGCAGUAACAUCAAACAUUUCAAAUGAAAUUGAAGACAAUCAAAAGCGUUCUGAGAUGCAGUCAUUGCUUCAAAAAAUUGCCGCACAAAAAGAUCAGAUAAUGAAAAACUUGGAAUUAAAUAACUGUGAUAAAGCGCAAUUGGAUAAAGAUAUUGCCACAUUGCAAACGUUGCAAAAACAAUAUAUUCAAUAUGAGCAAGAGAAUGGUUCGACAUCUGAUUGUUUGAAUGACUGCAUCGGAUCUGAUAGAUAUUCAAUUGACAAUGAUUAUAAAUCAAGCAUCACAACUUCAUCUCAAAAUGAUAACAUGAUUAGAUCACAACUGGGUGACGUCAAUUCGGAAUAUAUUAUUUCUAUACCAAGUUUUGUGAUGAGAGGCGCCGGUAAACAAACACAUUUUGAGUAUGAAGUUCGAAUCACAUUACCUGAUGAAAAAUGGAUUAUUAUGAGACGAUACAGCCGUUUUCGGGAGCUGCACAUUACAAUGAAGGCGUUGUAUGGCGAAAAGAUUAAUCAGAUUCCAUUUCCAAGUCGGGAGUUUUUUUCAUCCAAAAGUGAAUCGGUUGCCCGAAAUCGACGGCGACAACUUGAAACCUACUUGCGUCGAUUAAUAGUUGUCUGCUCAAAAAUUCCGCAGUGUCCGUUUUAUGAAGACGGAACAAAUGGAUAUGGAAUAAGCAAACCAACUCUGGUACAAUUUUCUCAUUUCUUCAAAAAAGGACUCUUUGAAAGUGGUAAAUAUGGUACUGGAUAACUAGAUUAUGAACUCGAAUCUCAGAAUUAAUUUUCAAUUUCUAUGUAAAAAAAAAUAUGCACAAAAAAAUUUAACAAUUUUCUUAAAUGUUCA